AUGGCGGCGGUUUUUUUGGCAGAAAAAACACUAAAACAGCAGUCGAUUGAACAAGCAUUAAGGAGGCUUAAGUACUUACACACCUCGCUGAGUCCACUUGAAGCUGGCAACAACAACCGGAGUCAACAAAAAGUCGGCCAAUUUCUUCGGACAAAACCUCUGCAGCCAGUAGCAGGCGAUGAACGGGUAAUUACUAUUCCUCAAAGGACGACUGCUAAGGAACAGUGUUUUCUUUCAUUGGCACCCAAGACUGUGAAAAGGAUUCGCGAAAAGGAAAAGGCUCAUGUCAAACUAGAGAAACAGCAUAAGAAAGCCGUUCGGACUGGUCGCGCGCUGUUACAUUCAAAAACAUACGAAAUUGCAGCUCCUAAAACUGAGGAAGGGAAACAGUUUAAAACGAGAGACGUAAAAAUUUCCAGAACUCCAACAGGACGCGUACAAAGUUCCAAGUCAGCUCCUGGAAGUUCAUGCACUGUUGAUCCUUACAAACGCGUGCAGUGUUUUGCAAGUGACUACUCAAACAAGAAACAAAGGACAAAGCAAUAUUACACGAACAUAAAGGUUAACCGCGUUACUUUCUCAGCGCGUCCGAUUGGCUCCGUGGCUAAAUCAACGAGGAAAAAACAAAGCAAAGUAGAGGUGCCUAAAAGUGGUUUCUCUAAUGGAUGGGGCAUGCGGUGUAAAACAGAGUCUCUUUGUCGAGGAAAUCGUGCAAACGACUCAAAGUGCACUGACAGGAAUAUCCUGGAUGUUACUGCAGGGUUAAAAACUGUCAAACUUGAGACCUGGACUGAACGAAUGCGAAAAGAUCGUUACGGAGAAAGACUCUCUCAACCUCCCCCUACACCGGUUCGACAGAUUGCCAUUAGACUACCUGAGGGACGAGUGGUAAAGUACCAAUUGUCAGAGGACGAAUAA